AUGGCCCCUAAGGAAGUUUUCGCGGCGAUGAAGUCAUUGUCGACAGUGAUGGCAAUUUUAGCGCUUUGUGGAGGGACUUUAGCGCAGUCUGAUAGAAUCAAAGUCAAUGGAGACUUCGUCAUAGGGACCGUAAUGCCUGUACGCUCUUCCUUUCCGGGAUGCACAAACAUAGAUAUUGGUUCUUUGCUGAAAGUGGAAGCCAUGUUUUAUGCAGUCCAGAACAUCAAUCAAAGAGCCGCCGCGCUGGGACUCAACGGGAGCCUGGGACUUGACAUCCGGGAUACUUGCGCAGGAACAUACCAAGCUAUGAUGGACUUGGUAAUGAGGUCACAUCCUGGGGGAGCUGUUGACCCUCGCCUGAUAGCAGUCACCGGGGACUUACCCCUCGACGUCCAGGAACACCAGAACAGCUUGAUGUUACUGCUGAGUCGGGAAAUCACGCAUGUCAGCUGCGACGCAACCGCUGUAACAUCAAACGCUUACAUUGCAGCCUCUGAGAAGAUCUUCCACGUUAAUCCUAGCGAGAGGACGAGUGUGGAGGCGAUCGCGGACCUCGUUUCUAAGUACCAGUGGGCUUAUGUCGGGCUUAUUGGAGACACGGGCUCAGAAUACCUCGUAUCCGAGUUUCGUAGCGAAGCGAAUGCAAAUGACAUCUGUGUUGGGAUGAAUUAUACUAUUGAUGCUGACGUCAGCGAACAGCAGCUUAAGGACUUUGUGACCAGGCUUGAUGCCGAGAGAAAUUUCACCGUGGUAGUAUUGUUUACUGCGCAUGCGAUAACGCGGAGGCUGCUGACCGAGGCGUCAAGACAAAAGCUGACUGGGAUGACCUGGGUUAUGGGUCAGCGGUCUUGGCCAAAUACCGCGCCGAUCGCACUUCCAAAUAUGGCAGCACAAGGGAUGUUUGUGAUCGAGACUCAUACCAGUUUGUCGGGUUUUGAAGAUUACCUGCGAAGCCUUCCCACCGGAAACACUAAAAUCAACAACCACUGGCUGCGUGAGCUAUCAGCUAUAGGAGCAUCUGAUGACUCUGAAAACACAACAGCAACCCCGCCUACUGCCUCUCCCACCCCCUGUGAUCUUAAUGUGGACCCCCUAUGUGGUCUCGACAGGCAGCGACUGAGUACUAUUGUCAGCCAAAUGAUUGAUAGGAUUGAGGAAGCAGCGUGUUCAUUGGAUGCCGUUGCAACGGUUGCCAGGGGGCUUGUUGCCAGGGAAAAGUGCCGAAAUUCUUCAUAUUGCCCACAGGAACGGACCGCCUUCCACGAGCUGGUUCGUGGACUGGAUUUUGUCAGCCCACUAACUGAGCAUCAGAUCAGUUUUUCCAAGCGAGGCUACCUUAAACAGACCAAGUACCAAGUGUACAACUAUCAGCAAAAUUACAGCAGGAUUUCAUCAGGCGAGAUGUCGAAACUUAAGGCUGUUGAUGUAGGAGUGUGGUACCAAGCCGCGGACAGUAAGUCAACCUUGACGAUCGAUCAGGAUCGCGUGGAAUGGCACGGAGGGGGCAAAGAAAGGCCUGCCUCACGCUGCCACGAGAUCUGUCCAGAGGGGAAGUUCCGAUCACGCAAGAAGGAGCGUUACGGUGCCGAGUGUUGCUGGGAAUGCGCAAAGUGUCCUGACAUGACAUACACCGAUGGCAAGGACGCAAUGUCUUGCAAAAAAUGCUCAGAAAAACACCGUCCGAAUCUGGCCCAAACGGAGUGCGUGGCUUACUACGAGGACUACGUACACUGGGAGCACCCCGGAGCACUAUUCAUGUUAUUCCUGAUAGUCGUGGGAAUAUGUUUUGCGUUGUAUAUUAACUUUGUGCUGUUCAGAUACAGCGAUACCCCUGUCGUGCGGAAAGCCAAGAGUGCUAUCUUGACGCUGCUUCCCUUGACCGUCAUCCUGUUUUUGCUCCCUAUCCCUCUGCUCAGCAAACCUACCGAGGCCUCGUGCGAGGGGUACCGCCUCUUCUUCCUGUUUGUCCUGGGCGUGCCCCUGGCUGUCCUCAUCUCCCGAUCCCAGUACUUCGACAACAAGUGCUAUGACCCGGUGAAUGGUAGCGCGAGUUGCACAUGGAAAUGUCUCGGACCUAGAGCACUUGUGACUUCCUUUGUCAUAGGCCUGCACAUUAUCUUCGCCUUGAUACUUACCUUCCUGCUUCCUGUGAAAGUUGACCGCCUGCCCACUGACGACCCCUUCACUGUGUUCCUCGAGUGCAACUACCACUCCUCCUACCAGUUCUUGGUCCUGAUAUUCUACAUCAUGGUCAUGGCUGUCUUGGUCACCAUCUUCAGCUUUAAUGAGGUGAUCGACGAGGAGAACAACUACGAGGUCAAGUGGAUCUCCUUCGCGAUGUUCAACUGGUACGCCAUAACCUUUUUCUACGUCGUCUUCCAGUUUGGUUUGUACCGUAAAGAGAAGAUCAUUCUGUUAGCUCUUAUGGAUUUCUUCUACGCUGUGAAUCUCUUAGGGUUUUUGUAUCUUCCUAAAUGGUACAUCAUCACAUUUAGGCCGGAGAAAAAUCGAGGUGACGCAUCUCCUUGGUCGGCUUAUGUCAAGAACCAAGAGAAAGUAUCAGAGAGGUUAUCUGCUCCGGAAGAUUCCCCAGUUAUGGCCAAGCGUGGCCAGACCGGUACUUCCGAAAGCCCGGAAGCUCAGGGCUUGAUAGCGGAUACUGAUAUUUAG